CCGCGCAAGCACUAAUAUUUGAACGAAACAUGUUUUGGUGUAACGAAAUAGAAAGCUAAGAAUCUUACUUUUGCCUAUUACUUAUUGAAACUUGCGAUUUGGUCUUUAUUUAUUUAUGAUAUUACUGUUUCAGUAAUUUUUAUAGAUAUAUUUUGUCUUGCAUUAGCGAAACUACCAAAAAAAAAAAAUGUCACUAUAUUAAUUCAUUUAUGAUCGCUGUGCAGUGAACUGUGGGAGCAAAAUGGGAGAUAUGUUUCAGAAUAAUUCUUUUUUGCCAUUUUAUGUUCAUCCAAUGGAUCAAAAGCGGAGUUUGAAAAUAAUAAGAGAAACGAAAGCGGAGAUCAAAAGAAUGGAAUCGCGACGUCCGUCCACUCCAUUAUGUACCAGAAAUAUUCAAUCUGGAUUUUUUAAUGAAUUACAGUUGUCUUCUAGACCAUCUAGUUGUUCAAGCACCAAGUCUUUAAAAUAUGAACAUGAAGAACAUUUUAAUUUUUCAAGCAAGACAUUAUCACCCAUUAGAUCUCAAAAAGUGAAUAAUGCUGAUAUUAAGUUGGAGCCAAUUGUGUGCAAACCAGUUUUAUUUGAUAGAAAAAGCUCUCAUUCUGGCACAAAAUUGUUUAAAGAAAAUUUUACUGUGUUUCCCCCUUUGCCUUGUGAUGAGAAGAAAAGUAUUCAUACAUUAAAAGGCUUAUCAGGUAGUUUAGAAAAACUGCAAAUAUGUUCUAAACCUAAAGAGCUAUUACAAAAACAAGAGUCUACAAUUUUAUCUGAUGCAAGCUGUAAUUAUAUUGACGAAGAGUUAAAACCUUAUGCUGAUGCAAAAUUAGAUGUAAAUAUUUCUUCAAGUACUGAAAAUGAAACCACUGGAGAACAAAAUCUUUCAGAUCAAAUUUCAAAAGAGCUUGAUAAUGCCUUGCCUUUAUUGGAAAAAUAUGUCAUGUUAGGAAGUAAGAAAAAAGAAGAUGAUGUUGUUUCCAUUGUUAAAAGUAUUUUCAAUCUUUUGGAGGAGAAAAAUGUCUUUUUACUUAUGCAUGACAACAGAAUUCCUCUUUUAAAAGUUUUGUUCCGCCUUUUAGAUUCAAAUUUCCCAGUCUUGAGUUUGCAUAUUGUUAAACUUUUGCUGAAAAUGAGAAUUAAGGAAAAAAAUUUAUGCAGUGUGUUCAAGCUUUGUUCAAAAUUGUUAAAAGAUGAGGAAAUUGAACUAAAUAAAUUUGACCUAAUUGACUCAAUAAUAGAGACUAUUUAUAACACAACUGCUGAGACUAAUGGAGAUGCUGCAUUAUAUGGCAUAAGAAUACUUCAAAUACUUAUAACUUCUGAAAAUGUACAGAAACAACAGAAAGAAAAUUACAUCAAUAUUCUAUUUCAUCAAUUAAGAGAAUCAAAUUUCAUGGCAUCUUGCAGUGACAAAAGUGAUGGAAGAUGUGAUGAGAUUGUUUAUAUGGUUAUGACUUUGCUAAAGAAUUUGGUAGAAGAUAAGACGAUGUGGGAAAUUUUAAUAACAGAGGAAAAUUUAACAGAAAUUUUAAAAACUUUAAACUGUUCUCAAAAUCCAGAAAAUGUUCAUCUUAUAGUAUGUUUAUUAAGUAAAAUUAUAGAUGAUAAGGAUGGAUGUAAAGCUGUUGCACGAUGCUGCAAAGAUGAUCUCAUUGGGCUUUUGUCAGUAUUGGUGACUCAUAGAUUUAGUAUAGACAUAACUUUGCAAACUGCAUUUAUUGUUGGAAAUUUGGUAUCUGUGAAUGACAACACAGCACAAAUAUUUGUGUGGUCCACAAAUUUUAGCUCUAUUUUGGUCGUUUUAGGAGAAUACAUCAGUGAACACAUUCAGUUUAAAGACACUGUUUCUGAUUGUUUCCAAAGUAAAAAAUUUCCAGCGUCUAGUGGUGACCGAAACUUACAUCACCAAAUUUUUGAAGUCAUACUUAAGCUAUUAUGCAUAUUUGCGAAUAUAUGUUUGCAUCCAAAUGCUGGAAGUUAUUUGGCAAAACACCCUAAUAUGCUUUCUAAUUUCCUGGCGAUUAUUGAUGCUUACUCUGUGAGGGAUGGCUCUGCUGAAGCAGGAAUAGCUAUCUAUUCCUUUUUAGUAGUGGUUAGCAAUAUCAGCUACUAUCUGGAAUCAGAUUCAGAGAUUUACAUUCAAACAGCUGAAACAAUCAUACCUCUUCUCGAGGACGAUUUUUCAUUCGAAGUACGACUUGAAGCUGCUAAUGUGGUUCGAAAUUUGACAAGAUCGUCUGAAGUCAGGGAUUACAUUCGGGAAAACGCUUUUCUACCUGCCUUCAUAAAACUUUUAGAUGAGGAUGAAAAUGCCUUUUGUAUUGCUGCAUAUGGAAUUAUUAUGAAUCUUUUGAUUGAUGAAAAUUCUCGUGAAGUAUUUUAUCAAGAACAAGGUGUCACAAAGAUUCUCCACAAAUUGCAUCUUUGUGCGGAUAGAGACUGGAAAACGUGCGCAUUGCUAUGCCAAGUUCUUUGGAAUUACUAUGGAGGUGAAAAUGGCUGCAUUGCACAUGUGUCUAAAAUUGAAGCACAGCAUUUAGUGAAAUACUUGUCCUAUUCUCUUUAUAAUGAUGAAAUUAAUACAGUGGAAAACAAAGCCUGUGACUAUUAUCAGGAGUGGAAAAAUGAAUUUUCUCCAGUUGCAAGCAAAUUAUUAAAAUUAUUACAAACAAAGAAGACUGUUUUAUCUUACAGUCCUCAUAACUAAACCAAUGCCGUUAUUUUUAAAAUCAUUGUAUUGUAUUUCAUGUUACUUUUAAAAAUAUUUAAAUUUGCUAGUCAUUUUUUAUUCCAAUUUUCAUCGUUAUUUAUUUAUUUAUUACUAUU